CCGCAGAUCCGUAACAGUUAUACGAGGAACCGGCACAGAUCAUUUGAGCGCUACUUACGUUGAAACCCGAGUGCGACGUGAAUCAUGCAAUUUCGAUGCACACAUGCAAUUGGAAUACCCGGUUACAUUAUUCCUGGAACAUGUAUUUGUGUCAUACGGCAAAAAUAGUAAAUUGAUAACGGUUAUUAAAACGUACACGAAGCAAAACAGUGUCCGGGAACCCGGGGAAACAAUCCCCGAUUUUCCAGUGUAAUUCACCCAGAGAUCUUGCUUUCGCUACGAAAUGGAGGUGGAAACGUGGAGAAACAAGGAGGGAGGAAAGAACAGAGAUUUAAGAAGCUGAACUCCUAUCGUGCACCGAUUAGACGUGAAAACAUCUGCCAACUGGACAAACCUGCCUUUCUGCAAGGUGCAAAGUAGACGAAGACCUCGCAACGAACUAGAAAAUGAUCCAGAAAGGAACAAUUCUUGCCGUAACGGUGUGCUUGCUAGUCGCUGUGACAAUUGCCCAGCUGUCCUCUAAAAGUGGCCACUGUCCGCUGAAAAACAGCAUAUCAAAAUGCACUCCAAGAUGCGUUACGGAUUAUCAGUGUUCGAUGAACGAAAAAUGUUGUCCAAAUAAAUGUGGAACCGAAUCAUGUGCGGAUGCAAGCAUUUUCAGUGCCGGAAAUGGAUAUAAAGGAUCGCAGAAUGGAGUUUACUGCGCCGGCAUAAAAUGUGGACCGUAUGAAAAAUGCCAAUUUGACCGCAAAACGAAACGUGAAAAAUGUAUUCGUACGUGAAGGAUUGCAAUAAAAGUCCAUAAUGUAAUCUGUUGUAAUUUUAAUCCAUUUCAACGAACCAUUAAUUGAAAAUAUUGUAAAAAAUGAUCACUAUCAUCUGCAUUAUUUUUUUUUACAUUUUCCUAUUCAUCUAUCAAAUAUUCAAUAAAUUUUUUU